GAGGCCGCCUUCAAUGUGGAACACACAAUCACUGCAGCCCACAGGCGAGGUGUCGCUGCUUGCGCGAGCCGCCUGUGUUCAUCUGCGCAAUAAAGAGGCCGAGGGGACCGUCAUACUCAACAGGAGGCCUUCUCCCUUGGUUUUUCGCGAAGUUGUGGACACCUGAUUUACAGCGGUUGUGUGUGCGGCGGACGGGGGGUGGGACUUCUCCAGGCUGAAGGAGCGGACUUGUGACGACCAGCAGCGCCGAACGAGGGAGGAAUCUAAAUGCAGCAUCCCCUCGGAGAUAAGCUGCUCCUGUGCUCUUUCGGCACCAGGCCUGUCCGUGCCCACGGGAGCCGGCGAUAGGGGCUGGACGCCGGUGUGUAGGCUGCGUCCAGCGGGGGGUCCGAGGAGCUGUCCCACCACGACCGCGGAGCGCCUCAGAGUGGGAAAUCGUGCUGUUAAAUCGCCUGCGAAGAGUCCUCUCGUUCGUUUAGCAGCAGUAGCAGGCGCGUGAGCUGCGUGUCUAGCUCAGCGCGGUAAACCGUGAGGGAAAACGAGCCUGUUGUCUCUCCUCGGUGCGCACAGGUUCAUUUUUAAUUUUUUUUUCUUUAUUGUGUCUCGCUCUUCAGAGACGGGAAUGUCACCUGGUGCUGAAUGUGCCGCCUGUUAGCCGGUGGCCGGUGGUGUGCGGGAAGAAGAAUAUGGACAAAGAGCCGCUUGUUUUGUUGUGAGUGGGAGCCGCGCGCCGUGGAUGUGCUGUCAGCUGACUGUCAGAUAUGUCCCAAAACACAGCGACUGUGCUUAACACUCCCACUUCGCUCCCUUUCACUUUGUGUUGCGUUCACACAGUUAGACCUGAGUGGUGAAGUGCUCGAUGUUUGGCAGAAUAUUGCUACACAUUGUUCCCAACUGACUCGGCAGCACUGACACCACAAGUGGAGCACUGAAACUGAGCAGCAGAACUCAGUGGCUCUGGUCUGGAGACUCGCAGCUGAGACAAGGGACUGGCUCGGGGUGAAUUCUCGCCACACUUUCCAGUGUGUGCGCGUUGCCAAGGCACUUUUAGAAGUUGUGAGACAAUCGGGGCUCAGCUAAGGAUGAAGAAAGUCCCCUGCGAAUGGCUGCACCUGCUAUUUUUGAGCGGGCCGCUAAAGAGGACUGUCUGUGUGAGCCUCUGGGACUGAAGGCUUUACACACACGAUAGGACAGGACAGGACAGGCAGACUGCGAGUCCGACAGCGAGAGACAGUAUAUUAGACUGUCAGCGGGUCUGACAGAGAGAGGCUGACGGACAGUUUGACGUACAAGGUUGUCAGUCUGUCGGUGAGACGCACUGACAGACGGUUUGACAUUUUAAGUCAGUCCAUCAGAGAGUGAGUGAGGCGAAGGACAAGUUGAAAGACAGUUUGUCAAUCAGUCCGAGCGAGACAGACUCACUGACAAUUUCACAGACGUUUCCGGAAAAGUGGCGCGUGUCCGACACAGCCAUCGCAUCGCUGUGCACGACCGGUCCCUCCGAGGACACUGGCAGACACUGGGGACACCAGCCACUGCGCUUAAGAACAUGCCAUGUGGCCUCCCGGUCUCCGGUUGCUGCCCACUUAAACGCUGCCUUGCCCCCUGAGACCGCCAUCUGCUCUGGCGCAAAGGAUGCUAGGAAUGUGUCGUGGACGCAGGAAGUUUUUCGUGGCCUCCUUCGCUGUCCUCUUCAUCCCGGCUCUCACCUGGCUGUACCUGUCAGCUGGAAACUUCCAAGUGAAGUCCCUCCCCCUGUCACCACUGGAGUCCCAGACGGCCACGCUACCUGGUGGCCCAAGGGACCGGCUGGCUCUGGAGAUGCGUGUUCGGGAGGUGGAGGAGGAGAACCGAGUUCUGCGGCGGGAACUCAGCCAACCCCCCCGGGCAGCCUCCCGUCAUGGGCGCCACGGCAAUCAGUCACGCACCUACUCCACUGAGGAGGGUACGGGAGACAGCGAGGGGCAACGUGUUGCUGGGGCUCUUGGAAACAACUCAGAAUGUGUGCCCCAACCACCAGUGGACAAGUGUGAGACGAUUCAUGUAGCCAUUGUGUGUGCAGGGUACAAUGCCAGCCGAGAUGUGGUGACUCUCGUGAAGUCUGUACUGUUUCACCGACGGAAUCCGCUCCAUUUUCACUUCAUCACUGACUCCAUUGCCCAGCAGAUCCUGGCCUCGCUCUUUACCACCUGGAUGGUGCCUGCUGUGCGUGUGAACUUUUACGAUGCGGACGAGCUUAAGUCGGAGGUGUCGUGGAUCCCCAACAAGCACUACUCUGGAAUCUAUGGGCUCAUGAAGCUGGUGCUGACCAAGACCCUGCCGUCUGACUUGCAGCGUGUCAUUGUCCUAGACACGGAUAUCACAUUUGCCACUGACAUCGCCGAGUUGUGGGCUGUUUUCCACAAGUUCAAAGGUCAACAGGUGUUGGGGCUGGUAGAAAACCAAAGUGACUGGUACCUUGGGAACCUGUGGAAGAACCAUCGCCCCUGGCCAGCCCUUGGCAGAGGUUUCAACACAGGGGUUAUCCUGCUGCUGCUGGACCGACUGCGGAAACUGAAGUGGGAGCAGAUGUGGCGGCUGACAGCAGAGAGAGAACUGAUGAGCAUGCUGUCCACCUCACUGGCUGACCAGGACAUCUUCAAUGCAGUCAUCAAGCAGAACCCCUUCCUGGUCUACCAGUUACCCUGUUUCUGGAAUGUACAGCUGUCUGACCACACCCGCUCAGAGAAAUGUUACAAGGACGUAUCUGACCUCAAGGUUAUCCACUGGAACUCCCCUAAGAAACUCAGAGUGAAGAACAAACACGUGGAAUUCUUCCGCAACCUGUACCUGACCUUCCUGGAGUAUGAUGGCAACUUGCUCCGGCGUGAACUCUUUGGGUGUCCCAGCGAAGCUGACCACAAUAGUGAGAAUCUCCAGAAGACCCUUUCGGAGCUGGACGAGGACGACCCAUGCUAUGAGUUCCGACGGGAGCGCUUCACCGUGCACCGCACCCACCUGUACUUUCUCCAUUACCAGUAUGAGUCGGCUGAUGACAGCACUGACGUCACUCUGGUUGCCCAGCUUUCAAUGGAUAGGCUGCAGAUGCUGGAGGCCAUCUGUAAGCACUGGGAGGGACCCAUCAGCUUGGCACUGUACCUGUCUGAUGCUGAGGCCCAGCAGUUCCUGCGCUAUGCCCAGGGUUCCGAGGUGCUCAUGAGCCGCAGCAAUGUGGGCUACCACAUUGUGUACAAAGAGGGCCAGUUCUACCCAGUCAACCUGCUGCGCAAUGUGGCCAUGAAGCAGGUCAACACCCCUUACAUGUUCUUAUCUGACAUCGAUUUCCUGCCCAUGUAUGGGCUCUACGAGUACCUCAGGAAAUCUGUCUUGCAGCUAGACAUGGCCAACACCAAGAAGGCCCUCGUUGUGCCAGCCUUCGAGACCUUGCGCUACCGCCUGUCCUAUCCCAAGUCAAAGGCUGAGCUUCUGUCUCAGCUUGACAUGGGCACUCUCUUCACCUUCAGGUAUCAUGUGUGGACAAAAGGCCAUGCACCCACCAACUUUGCCAAGUGGAGGACUGCCACCACACCAUAUCGAGUUCAGUGGGAGCCAGAUUUUGAGCCCUAUGUCAUGGUUCGACGUGACAGCCCUGAGUAUGACCGCAGAUUUGUGGGGUUUGGCUGGAACAAAGUGGCCCAUGUCAUGGAGUUAGAUGCUCAGGAGUAUGAGUUUGUAGUGUUGCCCAAUGCCUACAUGAUCCACAUGCCACAUGCUCCCAGCUUUGACAUCACCAAGUUCCGCUCCAAUAAGCAGUACCGUGUCUGCCUGAAGACCCUCAAGGAAGAGUUCCAGCAGAACAUGUCGCGGCGCUACGGCUUUGCAGCCCUCAAAUAUAUGACAGCUGAAAACAACAGCUAGGCCUCUUGUAUGGCAUGCAGGACAGCUGAUUCAGAAGGCAAGAACAAUUUUGCUUUCAGUGCCAUAGGAUGUCCAGUAUUCAACCUCUGGGCUGCUGUGGGACCACUUGUUCAGAACACACAGAACUUUGGACACUGUCCGUGUAUUUGUAGGUUCCUCCAGACUUUGCUGCAGGGUUGUGAGGAUGUCACUGUUUUUCUGGUUUGUGUGUCUUUGUUUAUGGGUUUAUAUGCCUUUUAUGUGAGAGACAGUGAUGGAAAAAUGUAAAUUAGAUGGAUAUCUGUGAAACAGAGGGUUGUGGAGGAGUGUGAAUUUGUUGGCAGUCUGGUUGUUUUGGCCUUACAAGUUACCAUAUCUAUGGGAUUUAGCUUCCAAGUUUAAAUGCGAAUGAUGAACUCAACUCAAGGCACCAAUUCUGCGAUAUGAAAAUUGAUGGACAGUCCCCCAGAACAGCCUCCCCGAACCUUGUGCCAUGACUAAAAGGCAAGUUAUGCUCCAUUCAACUGCCCAGCUGUGUUUACUGGUUUCAUUUCAAUGUUUUAGUUUUUGUGCCAAUAGCAAAGUGCUCAGCAAAGCCAAGACAAAUGAGAACUGCAAGGUUCUGCAGAAUGUGCCCUGAAGACAGUCUUCUUUAAGUACACAAACAGGAAACCUUCAAUUUGCCCUCUGCUGUCAACUCUGUGUGGUGGAGAGGCUAAGGCACUAGGCAUCCAAAUACCACUUACAUCCUCAGUUUGCAAAGACUGUCCUAAAAGAGAUGUGGGGGUCCUUCACUGAAUAUAGAAAGUCUCUCGGUACAAAAAAAAAAAAAAAAUUAAUCUGUGGCACGUUUACUAAUGAAAAUAAAUGUACAAAAAUUGCUUGUUGCGAUCAAGAUCAGCAUUUUAAAUAGACUGCUACUGCAAAACAUACUGUAUUUUACAUUUUAUUGCUACCCUUGCUUGAAAUAAGAGUCCUGACAUAGCAAGUAUUAAAAGUGCCGUGACAUAUGCUCUGAACUUUCUUAAAGAAGCUGAUUGUAAAGAUAUUCUUGAGUUAGCUGCAAGGAAAUUCUCAAAUGAAGAUGCAAUAGUGAAGCACCAAAGGCCCGUUUAAAUCCUUGCACUUAAGAUUUAUUUAUAGGAAAACCUGAAAAGGGCUUUGGGCAAUUUGGUCAAGUUACUUAAUGCAUUUCCCCUGAAAACACAGAUUUUUACAAAGGCAAUCUGUAUGAUGGACAAAACAGAAAUUCUGAAAUGCGUGCUCAUGACUGCUCCCGUGUUCUCAACCACAUCCUUGGCCCUGUGAUACAACCCUCAUGUAUGCAGUGUCUCUAGAAGAUGCUGUACUGUAGAAGGCUGCACUCUUUGUGUCCAGGGGGACUCAUGUGACUUUCAAAGCAAUGAAGGACAUUAAUAACAUCUUGUUUUUAUUUGUAAGUAUUUUGUAUCAGUAUGUGUACAAACUUCUGGAGACAAGAAAAUAAGCAGACAAAAUGCACUAUCCACAGAAAUGGCGGAGGAACUAUACUCUGAUCGGACAUAUGAAAAGCACUGAGGAAAAAUGAACGUGGACAAAGGUGUGACUUAUUGAGUGGAAGACUUGUGGGACUAUGUCAACGCAAGCCCUUGGUUUGCUCUUCUGAACAUGCCCUUGCCGGAACAACGGACAGCCGGCAUAGCAAGGCCCAUUGUGAUUGCUUGGCAAUGCUAAGCCUGCACUCAGCUGUUUUGGGGUUGCUUUUUGAAGGUGUGUGGGGAGUGAGCUGUGCAAGAAUGUGUGUAUAUGCGUGUGUGCGUGUGCAUUGUAUUUUCUGUGUUGGUGUGACAGCCGUUAGUGAGGAGUGCUCUGGAUGUGUCUGUGUUUAGGGCAGUGAUGUUAGGUAAGCUGCUAUUGAAAUAA